ACCAUCAUGAGUUGUAUGUACUUUCUCUGGGUGUCUGAUUGCAUUGUAAAUCACAUGACCUUCUCUAUAUCAACACACAGACGCCGUCAUCAUUGAAUGCAGCGAAGCUUGGAAGCAAAGCCAAUCAGUGAUGGAUUCCAAGCCUCGUCGGCUGCCCUUUACGGUGUCCGGCACCACGUCUUAUUCUUCUUCCUCUUCCCCCUCCUCCCUGGGUUCCAGCAGACUCUAUGGAAGAACCAGUGUCCUGAACAGUGAUCGCUUCACCAGGGCCACACCCCUUAAACCUGACCUCGACCACCAGAGCUCUCGGUUCCUCAGCUCGACCAGGGACUACAGUAGCUCUGACAGCCGCCACUCCAGCUGGAAAUCCCCUCUGACGACCUCCUCGGUCUCCUACGAUCGCUCCUGGGCCGAGUCCUCACUGAGCAGCCGCAGCAAACUGACUGAUUCAGAGCGAAGACUGGGGACGUACUCAGGUCUUCUCAGCAACACAACUGAUGAUGGAGAUAACAAACGGGUCAAACUGUCCUAUACCAACAGAGCUGCAUAUACAAGAAGCCCCUCCUCCUCUGUGACUGGCUCCUCCUACUCCAGCAGUAUCCUCAGAGACUCUGAUUCGUCGUCGUGGAAGUCGUACCGGCCUCUGUCCAGGUCGUCCUCUUCCUCCUCAGAGCCCCUGUGGUCCAGAAGGGAGCUGGAGAAGAGGACUGAGGGGAGGAGUCUGUCUAGUGAGGCUGACACCAGCUAUAGGAGCUCUGGACUCGGCUCAUCCCUGUGUACGUUCUUACACUCACACAUAGUGACUCAUUUGUGUGCGUUGUGUUACACAUCUAUUGACACAUUUACGUACACAUUCAAUCAUAAAACUGAAACCGCUACAUACUCGCACACAAACAUAAUACUGACGCGCAUGCAACCGCUAAUGUGGACAUUUGUUUUAGACCGGCCAGACCGUGUGACCUCCACCUAUGCCCAGGGGGCUCGGCCCAAGGAGACCCUCUACUCUUCCUCUAGCAGGGAGAGCAGCUCCCUCAGCCGCCACCUCUCUUCCACUUACCAGCGCUUCCCACUGGCCCGGGACUCCACCACCACCCGGACCACCGGCCACUCCCUGACCACCUCUACCCUCCGCACCACCAAGGAACCCACUGAGAGCCCAGAGCCCACUCUAGGAGCCUCCGUCUCCUCUCGCCCCUCGUCUUGGUACACAACCCCCUCAGCAAGACUGGAGGCUCGGGACUCCAGCCCCCCUCCCUCCGCGCCAACCACCACCCCCAGGACAACUCCAGAGGGUGGCGAGGCAUCCGAUGGACGUCGCUCCACCCGCCGUCUCCUCUCCCGCCUCUUCUCUCGGCGCUCCAGCCAGGACUCCAGUGGCUCCAGCUCUGGCUCCACCUCCCGCUCCUUCGACUCGGCCGAGGACAGCCCCGUCGUUGAAGGCCUCAGCCACACACCCGUGGCUACCAGCGAGGAGAGCAUCCGGGCCGUGAGCGUGGAACCCGUUCCCAGAGGCUCUGACGCGGCUCAGGCCUUUGCCUUCUUGAGGCGUCGCAGACAGGGCCUGUCCCCGGUCCAGGAGGGUCAGACCCAGCGUGGCCUGGAGGCCUGGAGAGGGGGCAGCACCAGUGGUGUUGGAAGUAGUACUUCAGGUUCCUCCUGGCUGUCGUCUUCCAUCCAGACCCGCUGCACUCCUCUCUUCUCCCGCCGUAGAAGAGAAGGACGGGAUGAAAGCGCUCGCCUAGCAUCCGGCGCCGACGAGGAUUACCGUGGUACCCAGUUCCCCCUCAGGAGGAGAGACUCCCCCGAGGAUGAUGAGGAGGAAGACGAAGAAGCAGCCUCUGGGGCGGUGGGCGCUAGCGUCGCCCUACAGGAGGAGUUGAGAGACAUGGCGGGGAGUAGUCAGCGUUUGGCGAGGUUCAUGAGCAGCCCGCUGUUCCGUGUCCACGACAAUGUCAUGAUCGCCGUGGACAUGACGGGCGACACCGGGAGCCAACCGGAGUGCCAGGAGAAGCCCACCUCAAGAGACCCUGAGAGACUGAGGAAGAUCCAGGAGAGCCUGCUGUUGGAGGACUCUGACGAGGAGGAAGGGGACCUGUGUCGUAUUUGCCAAAUGGGUGAGGAGUCUCCCUCCAACCCUCUGAUCGAGCCCUGCUGCUGCACAGGCAGCCUGCAGUAUGUUCACCAGGACUGCAUCAAGAAGUGGCUGCGUUCCAAAAUCAGCUCUGGCACGAAUCUGGAUGCCAUCACCACGUGUGAGCUGUGCAAAGAAAAGCUGCACCUGAACAUUGACAACUUUGACAUCAACGAGCUACACAGGACACAUGAGAAGUCUGAGUAUGAGUUCAUCAGCUGUGGCCUUUACCUGGUGGUGUUGCUUCACCUGUGUGAGCAGAGGUUCUCUGAUGUGCUAGGAGCUGCCAACGACGCCGGGUUUUUCAAUCUGGCGAGAACCCUUCACGAACACAUGGACAAUCUUGAAAGCUCUUAUGGGGAAUCGGACGAAGAGGUGGUUGAUACUCGGCCGUCAAUCGAUUUCUGUGACCUCGAUGAAGACUUGGAAGAGGAGUACAAUUGACCGGCCAGACCGUGGUGGGGGGGGGGCAAGCAGAAGAAUUGAAGGAGUUACCAGCUAGUAGCAACCCAUUCUGUUUCACCUCGUGUGAUUUUACUGAGUGCAAUGGCUUGUGAGAUUUUCUUCAAAGUCAAUGCCAAGUAGAUGGGAAGUCACUCGUGACAUAGAGAUGCAGACUGACUUUGAAGUGGACCGAGGUGAGGAAAUGCUUUAUACCCCCCCCCCCCCCCCCCCCCCUGUUAAUUUCCCCUUCCUUUAGGUCUCCAGGUUUGAGCUUUAUUCCGUUAAAAUGCAAGAUGUCUUUUUGAACUGUGAUACCACGAGUGCUUUAAAUGUUUCCUGAUCUACAAAAGCAGAUCCGGCCACCGUGGUGAGAUAUUGUGUCAAGAAAAAUUGAAAAAGCUCCCGAACAACACUGGUUCAUUAGUUUAGCGGGUUGGGAGAAAGGAAAGGGCUCUGUUUAGGGAAGAAUAUAUCAAAAAGUGGCUAAUUAUUCCCUUUACUGUUUACAGCUCAAUAAUUGACAGUUUGUUCUGUUUUUGUCUGUUUUCAAUGUUUGCGGUAUGAAAAUGCUAUUUUGCUUGGCUCUGAAACUUGUUUUCAUUUAAUUAUUGCAAUAAAGUUUUGAAUGUA